CGUUACCGUUCGCUAUUUUGAAUACAUGCGACCGUGUACUGUCACAUUUGACAUUCGAUCUGGUGACCAGCAAAAUGCCACUGACGCACCUCGCAGCUAACAACCUCGAUGAAAUCACCUUUCCUGUAUACAUGGUACUUGGCGCUUUCGAGUGAAAGAUAUUUUUUAGCAGCGCGUUUUUGUAUUUUUCUUCAUCCGACGCAACCAGCCAGGUGCAUUCCGAAAACAAUAGCACCGAACUUCGCGUAGUAACAAUUCAAUCCACUCGCAGUUAUCUCGUAAGCACGCGACAUCAUUAGCACUGGCGAAUGCAGAUAGCACGAGAGACGGCUUGGGAAGCGAGGAUUUCAUGCGUGUGGCUGCUCUGCUGAGACGGAAAAACGCAAGCUCGAUAUGCCUUGCUAGGCUUUAACUAUGAAUGUUUUCAAUCGAGUGCUGCCUAGUAUGAAUCCUCAAGAGUUCGGUACUAUGGUUUGGAUGGGACAGCUUGCAUCACCGCUUGAUGAGAACUUAACCAACUACUACGGACCACCGGUAACGAGCGUCAUGGAAGACAUCACACAGCAGACCCAUGCUAUGGACAUGAAUCCCGCUGCCAUCAGCUCACUAAUCAGUGAAUAUAACGGACAUAUGUCGGCCAUUCCAACAACUUCCGGUUUGGCCGCGGUGCCAAAUGCUGCCGAGGCACUGGCGCUAACUAAUCCGGAAUUGUUCAAUAUUCAGCAGCAGCAGCAGCAGCACCAGCAUCAGCAGCAGGCGCAACAGCACCAACAGUUACUGCAACAGCAGCUUGCUUUAAGUGGAUAUGGAUUUUUAGAUCAAACCAGUGCAUUUUCAGCCGCAAACAGUGUUUCGCCGGACGGCACAUCAUCGGCCACAGGCAUUGGACCACCGGCUCUAGCCGGUGUUGGUAUGCGUCUGAUGGAUGGAAGUGGGAAAUUUGCAAUCGACGGUAGGGAACUGGCGGCAGCGGCGGCAGCAGCGGCUGCGGCAACAGCGUCUCCCUCGGACGAAGAUGGGAACAACGAAGGAUUAGAGGGUCCCGGAGAUGAUGACGAUCAUCCUUCGCUGCAAAGCUAUGGACAGUAUCAGCAGUUAAUGAACAAUGGGACGGGUAGCGAUUUCCUUUCCGUUGCGCGUCAGGACAUCAUGCUUCCUUACAAGCUGUUAAACGAUACGCAUAUGCUGCAAUCCCACUUUCUCGACUAUGACGGUAUGGCCGAUGCGUCUAACAGCAACAGUAGUAAUAGCAACAGUCGUUGCAGUCCUGGCGCGACGGCAACCAUGGACGUAGAUCAACACAAUGUUGCCUCGAAUCCAUCUCAGUCGCGAUUCCAUCAGCAACGACAAGAAGCAGCUAACAGUGGUGGUGCGGCUUAUCCAGUGGGAAUGUAUGGUGGUACGAUGCCGGUUGAACGGUACCCGAGCAAGAAAAUUAGACCAGUGAAGAGGCCUGGCCUUGUACUAAAAACUCCAAUAGCUUACAAAGGUGACAUAGAUCCGUCGGUGAUUCCUAUACAACGCGAUGGCAUGGUUCAUUUAUUUCAAUCACACCCACAUCAAACUGAAGCGAGCGUAAGAAAAGUUUUUCGAAAAUGUAUCCUUCGUAUUCUACCUUCAUCAAUCUGUGAAAAAUGCGGAGCCAUCGGAGUAAAGCAUUCAUUUUAUACAAAGCAAAGACGUUUCUGUAGUUUGGCAUGUGCUCGCUCGUUCGAAUCACUUCGCGUGUUCAGUGCACCGUUCCGAUCAGGAUCCGGAAUCAAAGCAUCCGGAACGGUAAACGACGACAGCAAACAUAUCGCCACGUCUUCUUCGUCGACCGAGGCAUCCAAUAUUGGUCUAUUAUCCUGUCCGCCUGACCAACUAAUAGACGAUUCGCAUUCAUCAACUGAAGAGUUGGACACCAAACGUGUGCCGUUACAGCAACUACACCAGCAACAAGAACAAGUACAAACAAUCGGUUAUCGAUUCAAGAUGUCUGGAACAUCUCUUACCCAACCGAAUACUAACAGUGGCGGAGGUAUCAAUAGCAAUAUUAGUAGUCACGAUGACAGCAGUAUCACAAACAAUAUUAUGCAUGGAGGCAAGAUGGUUGGAGGGACAGGCAUUCUGCAGGAGAUACUGCCACAGGAGGAGAUUCCCCAGUUGCCCAAAGGAACCCGUUUACCUUCGCCAUGCCCCCAAGACGAUCGUAUCAACAGCAUACGUAGGAAACCGAACGAGUUUCACAACUCUUAUGAUUGGACGCAAGCGUUAGCAGAUCCAAAGUUCUAUGCAGCACCAGUCACCUGUUUCAAACACGCUCCUGGUUAUGAAAUGUGGCCAAACGUCGUGAUCGGGAUGAAGGUGGAGGUAGAAAACACAGACUGUGAUGUUCAACAGGCACUGAUCGGGGGAAUGCCGCACAGUUUCUGGGUUGCGACAGUGCUACGCAUUUGUGGUUAUAAGGCCCUGCUUCGCUACGAAGGGUUUGAUUCGGACUCGUCGAAAGAUUUCUGGGUUAAUCUAUGUUCAGCAGAAGUUCAUCCGGUGGGAUGGUGUGCGACACGCGGGAAGCCUCUGAUACCACCAAAGAGCAUUGAAAAACCGUCCCCCGAUUGGAAAGAGUUUCUCGUGUCGAGGCUUUCAAAUGCGCGUACUCUUCCCUCGACUUUCUACAAUAAAAUCAGCGACAGUUUUAAAUCUCGAUUUCGCGUUGGUUUGAACCUGGAGGUGGUGGAUAAAAAUCGUAUCUCGCAAGUAAAACUGGCAACCAUCAGCAAGAUAAUCGGCAAGCGAUUGUACGUUCGGUACUACGAUAGCUCACCGGAUGACUACGGUUUUUGGUGUCAUGAGGACUCCCCACUGAUACAUCCAGUUGGUUGGGCAACAACAGUGGGACACAACCUGGCAGCACCCGAGGAAUACAUGGACAGGAUGAACGCGGCUAGUGAUCAAAUAUUGGAACCGCACGAAGAUGAUGCUACAAUGGACCUAUUCAAGACCAACUUCCAGUUCGAAGAGUACUGUUUCGAUGGCAAACAAACAGGUUUCGAGGAAAACAUGAAGCUGGAAGCGGUAGAUCCGUUAAAUCUUUCCUCGAUCUGUGUAGCCACAGUAAUGACAGUGUUGAAGUUCGGCUACAUUAUGGUUCGUAUCGAUUCGUACGAUCCGGACGUGAAUGGGGCCGAUUGGUUUUGCUAUCACGAAAAGUCACCCUGCAUUUUCCCGGUUGGGUUCUGUGCGAAGAACAAGAUUACUCUAACACCACCAAAAGGGUACGAUCUUAACACGUUUACCUGGGAGCAGUAUCUACUGGAUACCAAUAGCAAACCGGCCACGGAGGACAUCUUUCAUCGAGAUCAAAUUCGGCAACGGUUUAAGGAGGGAAUGAAAUUGGAAUCUGCCGAUCUCAUGGACCCUAGACUGAUAUGUGUAGCAACGAUUGCACGCGUGGUUGGACGUUUGUUAAAGGUGCAUUUUGAUGGAUGGGAAGAAGAGUACGAUCAGUGGUUGGAUAGUGAAAGCCCCGACAUCUAUCCAAUUGGUUGGUGUGUACUUGUGGGACACAAGUUAGAAGGGCCCCGUAUUUUGCCGAAAGUCGUACCGACACAAAAAAUUUCUCCCAAAACGACGAAAAAGGGCAAACGAAAGAAGAAGCUAAAGGUGGAGCCAUCGCAUGAUGACGCUCAACCUGCUCCGACAACACGUACGGCAAGAAUCAAAAAGGAACAAGAGCACUUUGAGCAACAGAAAUUACUGGCAGCGAAUCCGGCCCAAUUUGACUACAGUUCUCUUGGACAAAUAGUCACGUCCGAUUUGGGCGGUCAGCUAUCUCAACAGUAUUCGAGUGACAACAGUGCUUCACUGCUAAUGGGAAGUCAACUGCAAAUGCAACAAAAUCAACAACCAUCCGAGCUAGCAGCAAUGGGAUUGAGUGGAGACGUCACCGGCACAUCGCCCGCUUUGCACACAUUCAUAAAGAACGAACCAAAUCACAACACAACAGCUUCCCUGCUCAGUGGAACGAGCUUGCUGGGCCCAAUCUUCGAUCAUUCGUCUAGUGGGACCGCUGGAACGGCUACCACCACAACGGGUAACAUGAUCGACCAAGACGAUAUCGAUAUGCGCACAGAGGACGAGGAUGGUGAGUCCAGUUCCGCCACCGGACUUCCAUCCACUGCACCAUCUUCCGAGAUAGCGGACAACGAGACAGACAAGACUAUACCACGAUUAAUUCAACAUGAUUCAGCAAACAGUGGAGCGUCGCCGGAUUCAAUCGGUGGCGGUGUCGCAGGCGGAUCGUGCAACUCGAACGGAAGUAAUUCUGGAGCUAUUGUGGCAGGUUCAUCGAACUCGUCUUCCUCCUUCGGUAUGGCAGUUACGAACAGCGGACAAAUUAUGCCAGAAAGCUGGGAAGUGAAAGACGUUGCCACCUUUCUUACUAUAAAUGACUGUGCCGUUCAUGCCGAGCAGUUUGUGCAGAAGGAUAUUGACGGUAAGCGUUUGCUCGAGCUCAGCAAGGACGAUAUCAUUACACUGCUAAAUCUGAAAGUAGGUCCGGCGCUUAAAAUUUUCGAUCUCAUUCAGCAACUGAAGUGUAAAAUCGAUCCGACCAAGUUACGCCACCUUUCGAAAGCAACGGGAAAAAAGUUUUUGUAGUAACUAUCUUUGAAACACAAGCUUUGUCGCCUUGGAGAACAAACCACGCAUGCUACGAUGAGGGUUGACGGUACUGCGCAUUUUUGGCUUGUCAUCAUUUUUGUUUGGUUUUAAUUAAUUUGUUUGAUGCGCAUAAACCGCGUUUUGGAGGAUUUUUUGUAUAUCCAUGUGCGAGGGGGAAGGGGGUGGGGCAUAUAUUUUUCUUCAACUGCAACUUAAUCGUGUGCAAUCAUAAAUUUCUGUUUCCGGUAAUUAAUUUUCUAACUCUUUUCAUCGUUCGAUCUUACAUGUGUAGUUGAACACAGAUGCAACUUAUCAUUUAUACUAUUAUCAGGUUUUUAAUGUAGAAUUCCUCAUUUAGUUGAGUUUUUAUUUUUGAAAUUCAUUUUAUGAAUUGAAUGUGAGUGUAUUGCCCAGUGAAAUAGGGGGAACACUGUUCUAACAUUAGAAUUUUGUUUUUUUAAGCUAUUUUGAAUACGAUGUAAUUUCACUGUGGCUAUUGGAAAUUUUGGAAUUGUUGGAAGCUAGCAUUAUUUUUAUACCAAUACUGGUAGUGAAGGUAGUAUAAACUAAUUGCUUUGAACACUAAUAUAAAUUUUGUCAACCAAGUUCAAUGUCGAUGAACCUUAUUAUUCGUCGACUAUUGACAAUUGAAUCGCCCGCGUAAACCUGUUACGGUGAAGGUGCACAAUGUUAUUAAUUUGUAGGUCGCAGCUAAAUAUUUCAAGAUUCAAGUCAUUAGUUUCACAAAUGCUUGUUAAAUCAAAAUUAUUUUCAGUGAAACAGGAAAUUUGGAGAAACAGGAGGAGCCGUUUUACACAUUUGAUUAAUCUAGCAAGAAAAUAAUACAAAUACAAUUAAUCAACUUGCUGUGGACAUAAACCACAUAUGUUAACACAACAGGAACUCACGAAUCAGGGAAUGUUAUGCAGCAAUCAAACAUGGAAGUAUGGUGGCCUCUACUAAUAAGCCGUGAUUAAAGGACUAUCAACAGUCAAACCAAUAAGUCCAACAAACACCAUGCCUAUAACGAUUUGUAUGUAUGAAUUUUAGUGCACUAUGAAACCAAAUACAACACUGUUCCCGAGUUACGCAUCCUUUCCAAUCGGCGCUAUGCUGUUUUCCAAAUUUCACAGUUCUUGGAGCAAAUUGAACUGAUUGGUCACAUGAAUUAUCCAAAUGCAUUACGAACUGCCUGUUAGCUGAAAUUAAAAAAAAUCACAAAAGGAAUAAGUUGAAUUUCUGGACGAGAGUCACAUAAAACAAUAAUUUAAUAUCAAUUUCAUUGCAAACAAACAACUCCCUUUUAUUGAAAUAUCUACCACUGUCGAGGUAUUUAGGCUGAACAAACGAAACU